AUCCAUUCAUUUCGAGUCCACCACGCGCGGCCCCAAUCAGUGAGCGUCUGACAGACAUGACCAGCCGCCGCCGCCGCCCGCUCCUCCGCUGCCGCUCGUCGGCGGCGAUGCCCUUGGACGACGACGACCUACUCUCCGAGAUCCUCCUCCGCCUCCCGCCGCUCCCGUCCUCCCUCCCCCGCGCCUCCGCCGUCUGCAAGCGAUGGCGCUGCCUCGCCUCGGAUCCAGCCUUCUCCCGCCGCUUCCGCAUCCACCACCGCCGCAACCCUCCACUCCUCGGCUGCUUCCACGGAGGUAUUCCCGAGCUCUGCUUCCAACCUACUAUGGCCGCCCCCAAUCGCGUUCCGUCCGGGCGCCUCUCCUUGCAGUUUAAGUCCCACGUCCGAGUACUCGGGUGCCGCCAUGGCCUCGUGUUAAUCUUGGACCAGACGCCGCAGCUCCUGGUGUGGGACCCCGUCACCGGCCACCAGCACCUCCUAGCCUAUCCCCCCGAGUUCGAUCUAGCCAACUCCUGGAUUAGUGGGGCGGUGCUCCGCUCUGCCGCCGGCGAGGUUCACUUCCAGGUCGUUUUGGUAGUGUCAGAGUAUGAAAAAAAGUUGCUCGCCUGUGUUUACUCGUCAGAGACUGGGGCGUGGGGCACUCUAAUCUCAACACCAAUUCCAUCCGGGAACUCCCUUCACACCAGGGUUUGUUGGGAGCACGCUGUGCUAGUUGGGGAUUCCCUUUACUGGAUACUCGCUGGUACUACUUUGUUCAAUCUCCUUGAGUUUGACUUGAAGACGGAGAGCCUAACCGUGAUACCGCUGCCGGCGGAUAAGUCUUAUGAUGCAGUACUCAAUAGUCCUGAAGGGCGCUUCACUGUUAUGCGCGCAGAGGGUGGUGGGCUGGGUUUGCUCUCUGUGUCAGGCUUCACCGCCCAAUUAUGGAAGAGGAAGACCGAUUUCGAUGGUGUUGCAUCAUGGGGCAUGGGAAGAACUGUUGAACUGGACGAGCUCCUCUCCAUGGAUUCAAAGGAUUACUUAGACAUAGAAGGGUAUGCUGAGGACAAUAAUUUGGUGUUCCUGUGGACCGGAAGGAGCCUCUUCACGGUCAAGCUUGAGCCAUUGCAGUGCAACAAACUUUUCGACACCAACAAUAGGGCUUGCUAUUAUCCAUUUGAAGCUGUCUAUGCUACAGGUACCUAGAUUUGUAUUCUGGUUGCCGAGAUGCAGGAAGUGGCUUCUUCGAUGUAGGUUCUUCCCUUUUGUAUGCUUCACGCGAAGAUCAACCCUCUAUGUUGUGUGCGUGCGUGCGUGCGUGUGUGUGCGCGCAUGCCUGCCUCUUCUCUCUGUUUCCAUUUGAUUAUGUUCCGUGUUGUAUUAGGUCAGGAGAUUUGAUUUUAGCUAAUGAAUGUUGGAAUACACUUGUCUUCCUGGUGCUAUUUGUUACUGCAUAGCAAGCGUUUCGACCAGCAAUGGCAGCAGUGCUUUAUCAUGCAUGCAUGUUUCAAAUGUUCUGUACUGAUAUAUUGGCUGAACACCAGAGAGGAAAGAUAGGGCAUUUCAACACAAGUAUUGCGAGUUUACUCCAUGGAGACCACCGGCUAGGUCCUCCUCUUCCUUUCACAGUAGUUUGUCCUUCAAUUUGCUCUUCAAAUUAUUUCUGAUUAUACAGUUACUGACAUUAUUCAUGCUGAUCAAUUUAUGUAUGGGUUGGUCAAUUGUAUAGUAUAAAAAAGAAGUGAGUCGUCAACAUAAUCAGUUCCCUCCUUGGCUGCAUUCUAACACGUCAGGAGAUUGCUUUGUCCGUCCAACUCAAGCUGGCAGCUUCUCAUUCUUACCUGAUUUCCAUUGGCCACGCUGGGGAGAUGUUGCUGACUCAAGCCAUGAGCAAGGAACCUACUAUGUCUGCUGUGAUCGGUAUCAGAUUCUGCGUAGUGCAAUCGCAGCACCUGUUGCACUAGAGCUAUUUGAGCCUGAGGAUGGACACCGCCAUCGGCGCAACGAAGUGGGUGCUGGGCAAGGCGCUGGCCCCCGUCACGGAUGGCUUGCUGCAGUCCUGGGCAGCUAGUGUUGAGCUUGAUCGCAACAUCGACGCCCUCAAGAUGGAGCUGUUGUAUGCGCAUGGGAUGCUUGAGAAUGUGCACGGCAGGGACAUCCAUGGCAUUGCGCUGAAGGAGCUCCUGCUCAAGCUGCAGCAGCUGGCAUACGGGGCUGAUGAUGUACUGGAUGAGCUGGAGUACUUCCGCAUCCAGGACGCCCUUAAAGGAACCUACCAUGCCACUGACAUGAAUGCUGUGGGUUUCAUCCAGGGCCUCCGCGUCAAUGUUGAACACACGGCGAGGCAUGUUGCCAACAAACUUAAGUGCCUCCCGUGCUUGGGUGCUGCUAGCCAUGAUGGUGACCAAGAAAGUGAUGCUGGUGUUCACCAAGAAAAUUAUGGCAAGCAAGCAUGCCUCUCUGGUGUACGCUUGUGUGGCAGGCAGAGGAUCGGCUCCUCGCCACCGAUGCCCGCCAACAAGGGUGUCAAGAAUGUUGAUGGCAAAUGCAUGCCCAAGGUCAUCUCAACUGCUCGCAAUGCUGCCCACACUUUCGGUAAACACUUUCCAUGCUACUCUCCCAUAUCUGUCCAUGAUGAUGAUCCUCAACCUAUCAUUUCAAAGUGUGCAAGCCAGAGAGACUGUGAUAUAGAAACACCAGAAUUGAUGUUUGAUAGGGUGCAAAUGUCUAAAACAAUGAUGGACAUGGUAGAGCAGCUGAAGGAAGUAUGUGCUAAGGUCUCCAUAAUUCUUAAUCUAGAUUUGUUGGGCUCCAGCCGUAUGCAUACCAAAGAUAUUGCUAAAAACAGAUCCAAGACCACAUCCGAGAUUAUAGAACCUGAGUUAUACGGGAGGGAUGACCAAAAAAAGAAAAUUGUAGAUUGCAUUAUUAGUCGCGAGUACUGUCCCAAUAAACUUAACGUGCUUCCAAUUUUUGGACCUGGGGGUAUUGGAAAAACAACUUUUACGCAACACAUAUGCCAAGAAGUAAAUAGAUAUUUCCAGGCUUCAAUUUGGAUAUGUGUCUCUUUCGAUUUCAGUGCAGAUUGGUUGGCGCAAGAGAUGGUCAAAAAAAUCGAUAGUGUUGUUGGUGAAAAGGCUAACGCUAGUGCCGACGAACUUAUCCAGCAAAGAUUAAAAGCUAAGAGAUUCUUACUUGUCUUGGAUGAUGUGUGGACAUAUCAGGAGGAUGAGUGGAAAAAACUAAUAGCACCUUUAAAGAAGGUAGAGUCUGAGGGUAAUUUGAUUAUAGUCACAACCCGAAUACCAAAGGUAGCAGAAAUGGUUAAGACAACCAAUGGUGAACUAAAACUGGAAAGACUAGAUGAUGCAGACACCAUGCGUUUUUUCGAAACAUGUAUAUUUGGUAACAAGCAACAACCAUGGGAAGAACAUCCUGAAUUAUCUGAGAUUGGUCACAAAGUAGUGGACCAUUUGAAAGGUUCCCCUCUUGCAACUAAAACUGUAGGUAGGUUACUAAGAAACCAACUUACUUUGGACCAUUGGAAAAGAGUUCUAGAAAGCAAAGAGUGGGAACUACAAACGAGUGAGAGUGACAUCAUGCCAGCCCUCAAACUUAGCUAUGAUUUUCUCCCUUUCCAUCUAAAACAAUUGUUUGUAUAUUGUGCUUUGUUUCCAGAAGAUUACGAAUUUGAUAGCAAGGAGUUAGUUCAACUGUGGAUAGGACUAGGUAUUUUGCACCCAUAUGAUCAAAAUAAAAGGACUGAAGAUGUUGGACUAGACCAUUUGAAUGAGUUGGUCAAUUACGGGUUUUUGAAGAAAGACAAAAAAAAAGAUGGUCGUCAUUAUUAUGUUAUUCAUGAUCUAUUGCAUGAAUUGGCCACCAAGGUUUCAUCGUAUGAAUGCGUUAGUAUAUCUAGUUCUAAUAUCAGGUCCAUACACAUCUCCUCGUAUAUACGUCAUUUAUCCAUAAUUGUAGAUGCUAAAGAUGUUAAUGAUAGAAUCAGUUUUGACGACUAUAAAAAGGAUUUGAGUGCAUUAGGUAAACGACUGAAAGUUGAAAACCUACGUACUCUGAUGUUGUUUGGGAAAUACCAUGGAAGCUUCGCCAAGACCUUUUGUGAUCUGUUUAGAAAAGCUAAAGCCCUUCGCACUAUUUUUCUAUCUGGAGCAUCAUACUCUAUGAAGGACAUUCUGCAUAACUUUUCAAAAACUAUCCAUCUUCGUUACCUAAGGAUUGAGCCAUCACAUAACACAGGCAACAUCGACUUUCCUAGUAUGCUAUUCAGAUUUUAUCAUCUAGAGAUAAUAAAUCUUCAAAGAUGCAAUGUCCCUGUUUCGAUAAGACGUAUUACCAACCUUGUAAAGCUGCGUAAUAUGCCUCUAGUUCUGUCUGACAUACCUGAGGUGGGAAAACUUAAAUUGCUUUCAGAAUUAAGAAGAUUUGAAGUUGGAAAACAAACUAAUGGUUUCGAACUAAGUCAGCUAGCGCAAUUAACAGAGCUUGGAGGGUCACUUAGCAUUUAUAAUCUUGAAAAGGCGCAAGAAAAAGGGGCCCGGGGAAAGGAAAUAAGGCCAAUACACAGAAACCACUUGCGUGAACUAACAUUAGAGUGGGAUGUGCAACGAUCUAACACGGAUCCUACAAGAGAAGGAAAUGUUCUUGAAAAUCUUGUACCGCAUAGUGACCUUCGAGAUCUUUGCAUUAGAGGGCACGGAGGCACUAGUUGCCCAACAUGGCUAGGUGAGAACCUCUUGGUCAAAAAUUUGGAAUCGCUUCACUUGGCUGAUGUAUCUUGGAAAACUUUUCCACCAUUAGGAGAGUUCUGGUUGGUUGAUGAGCUCCGUGACGAGUGCAAGUGUUGCAUCUCAAACCCAAACUUCCAAAAAAAAUGUCUUGAAAAAAAAGGUUUUCCAAAUUUGAAAAAGCUAGUGUUUGUUAAGAUGCCAAAAUUGACAAAGUGGGCUGGAAAUCAAACUUGCGGGUUCUUCUUCCACCUGGAAGUGCUCAUUAUUGAAGACUGCCCUGAACUUAAGGAGUUGCCCUUUUCAUGUUCUACUUGCUCUCAACCAGCGCAAGAAGGAGCGAACCUGAGGACCUUGUUCCCUAGACUACGUGAGUUCACGGUUGUAGGAUGCCCAAACCUGAGGACAAUGCCUCCUAUCCCUUGGACCCGUACUCCAUGCUCUAUUAAGAUAGAACAAUCAGGGUCAAAUUUUCAGCUACGCACUAACUCAGAAGGAAUGUACAUACCAGGAUUAUGCUUGUCCAUUGUGGCAGCGGAUGGUGCAGAUAGCUUGCUUUGGAAUAAGUUGUCUUUCUGUUAUUUGAGUGGCCUAAAAGAGUUUUCUCUAUUCAAUUGCCCUCCUUUGCCCUUGCACAUGAUCCAAAUGCUAACAUCUCUGCAGCACCUCACUAUAAGUGGUUGUUCGAGUAUUGUUCUGUCGCCAAUCAGAGGCGAGAGCCAUGUCACAUAUGAGGUUCCAGUUGAAGAACUCUGCAUUUCUGACAGCGGGGCUAGCGGGAAAGAACUGACUCAACUGCUCUCUCAUUUACCCAAGCUCACCAGCCUGAGUAUAGCUGAUUGCGAAAAGAUAACAGAACUUGGUGUGUCUAAUCAGCAGAGUGGAUCACAGCAGCAAUACACAAACGAAGAGGAGGAAAUAGUGGCGACGGCAGAAGGAGGACUGCUGCUCUUGCCUACCCAACUACAGGAGUUAAAAGUCUACAAUUGCCGUGAGCUGAGAAUAGUCCCCAAUUCUGGUUCAGGGGGCGGCAACAACGAAGCAGCAGGAGGUCUCCAGCGUCUACGCUCCCUCCGCCAAGUGAUCGCAGAUGGUUGCCCCAAAUUGCUUUCCUCCUAUUCGGGCUCCUCGUCUUGUUUCCCUUUCCCGACCUCCCUUGAAACACUCGAACUAGUCAACGUUGAACAAGUCAAUUUGGACCUCACAAACCUAUCCGACCUGAAAGUACUCCAUCUUGGCCACAUGGAGGACCUCACAAAACUAAGCGUCAGCCGUUCCUCAAAACUACAUACCUUGAGCAUACGAGUUUUGGCAGAGUCCAUCUGCAGCCUGCUCUCUACCUCCCUCACCACAUUGUCCUUCUAUCUUAGCAAAGAGGUGGAGCCCAUCACAGGAGAGGCCCUAGUGCUUCUCACCUCCCUCCGAGAGCUCGGAUUUUAUUCCUGCCACAAAUUGCAGUUCCUCCCUGCAGGUCUACAUACACUUGACAGCAUCAAGCAAUUAUCUAUUCGUUCAUGCCCAUCCCUCUGGUCGCUGCCCAAGGACGGCCUCCCUAGUUCUUUGCAGAAAUUAGAUAUCUCCGGAUGUUCCAUGAAAUCAUUGCCCAAGGACAGCCUCCCGAGUUCUCUGCAGCAAUUAGAGAUCUCCCGUUGUUCUAAGCUCGAAUUGCUUCCCACUUUUUCGGACGGCCUCCCAACUUCUCUGUGGAAAUUAAAGAUUGAGGAUUGUCCUGCCAUCAAAUCGGUGCCCAAGGACGCCCUCCCGAGUUCUCUGCAGGAAUUAGGCAUCACGAGUUGUCCUGAAAUCAAAUCGCUUCCCGAGGACGGGCUCCCCAAAUCCUUGCGAGUACUAGAUGUGGUCAGUUACGGCAACAGCGAGCAGCUUAAAAGGCAGUGCCGCAGGUUAAUAGGGACGAUUCCAAUAAUCUUCGCCUGACGAAUCCUUCCAAGGGCUCUCUUUUUUCUCCUUGAUUGGUUCAUCAUCAGCCCUCGUAGAAGUCUCUCUGUAUACAAUGUGUAGUUCGUUCUCAGGCUCUCAUCAGUUUUUGCUAGUGCAAGCACCAAGAUUCAGUCUGUAUCAUCCAUCAUGGCUCUCUUUUUGUUUUUUACAUCAUCAGCCUCGUAGAAGUCUCUCUGUAUGCAAAGUGUAGUUCGUUCUCAGGCUCUCAUCAGUUUUUGCCACUGCAAGCACCAUGAUUUUAUCUUCUUUUCGGUGCAGCAAGUUUCUUUCUUAUGACCAAUCCAAGGGUCUGCUUUUCGCCUUUUCUGUUUGUAAAUCUUCUACCCUGGUUGAAUUCUCUCCGUAUCCAAGCACACUCCUCUGACACUCAGUUGCCACUGCGAGCACGAAUUGUAUCUUGUAUCCUGUGUAUGAUCUGUGCUCUACCUUGGAGUUGCACAUUUCUGAGCCCUUCGAGGACUCACAGUUCUCACAUGGGGGUUUUGUGGCUUGCUCUCCCUGUACAUAAAAUCUGAUUUAGGAGCUCUGCAAAUCUCACUACAAGGAAAUGGAUCAUAAUUCACAACAACAACAUGAAGUGAAGUCUCACAAAUUCAUCAUGUGACAUUUUGAAGUUGUGUUGAAUCUCGUAAAAAAAUUCUCAAGUUUUCUCAAUAUAGGAAUGGUUAUGGGAACCACCAGCUGCUGAUGAUUUAUAAGCUGCAAAGCUGUUUACGUGCAAACUAACUUCACUUACUAACAGGUGAUGCAUUAUCAAUCUCGGUAAAAGGUGCGGUCCUGCUGGAUCAGGCAGACCUGGUUCUCCUGAUAAGCAAGUUGUCAUGGCAUGAUUAAGUUCAGUCCAGCUGAAGAAAUGCUAUCGUGGAGAUCUCAAUCUGUAUCUUCCAUUCCGUCCAUAAUCUGGACUCUCUGUCUUGAGAGUAGUACAUUUUUCUACCCUAGUAGGAUUCAGUCCACCCAUGCAUGAUGCAUAGUUCUCACAUGUCGGUCUUGUGUUAUCCUCUUCAGGUGUUCUUAUCUUCGCUCUGCUAUGCUUCAAAAUAGUUCAUUUAAAGCUUCGUGGUCACUCAUGAAGACAUGGUGGUGUACUUGCUAGUUCAGAACUAAAUGUGCUAUCAUAGAUGGUUUUCAAGUUUACUAAGCUUCCACAACCUUUUCAUAGAGUUAACAUUUUCAGGUUUGCAUUUCAUCAUGACAAGAUGUUCUCCAAGCCAAUCAUCCUUUUAUCUCAUGUUGCUAGCCUCAUCGGUACUUGGCAUUGCAUUUCCUACAUUGGGAUAUAGCAUACUCCGCCAGUACAUCCCAACCCCUUGUGGAGUUUCUCACUAAGAAAAGAGUGAGAUAUGUGAUUUAAGGAACCAAGGUUGAUAGAACAGUUGAAUCAACCAUGAGAGAAAAAAAUAAAAAAAAUAAAAGGCCAAAAGGCAAAAAUAGCAAAAAAAAUGAAAAAGAGAGAGAGAAACUCCCGUUAAGCCACUUCAGUUUUCCAAUGAGUCCACUAUAUCUGCCUAUCAUAGCAUCUCCUCAUUUGCUAUUCCAAGUAGUGGAUUCCUUUGCCAUGCACAUUUAUAUUUUGCUUUGUACAUCUUUAAAGGAGGCAUAUUAGUCAUCAUGUUUAGUACUUGUUGAACUUCACCAACCAUUUUAUGUCUCACUUUUAUUUUUCAUAUAUAAGAGCUUUUGUCGGCACCUCUCAAUCUUUUGUAGGGAAAAAAAAGAAAGAAAAUAAAAAAGAAAGAAAAAGGAAAAGGAAAAGGAAAAAAGAAUGAAAAAAGAGAUAAAACAAAAGAAGUAAAGUAGAAUAAGAGAG